UGGGACUUAAAUGUGGGGACCUUGAGAGCAAAGUUGAGGUUAUUCUAUGAAGUUUUUUUGUUUGUUGUGUUUUGUGUGUGUGGUUUCUUUGGUCUCACCACACAGCUUGCUGGAUCUUAGUUCCCUGACCAGGGAUUGAGCCAGGGCCCAUGGCAGUGAAAGUACCGAGUCCUAACCAGGGACCACCAGGGAAUUGCCUAGUCUAUCAAUUUUAAGAUAGUUUUCUCAACUGGGUCAUUUAUUUUAUUUCAAAUAUUUAUAUUACAGAAGUAACAAUCAUUACGGUAAAUGCAGAUGUAAAGAAAAAUUUUAAUUACCUGUAAGUUUAGGAUGUAAAGAUAACAGUUGUUAAUGUUUUCGUGCCUUUUUGUCUGGUUACUCUUUGUUUAUGUGUGUGUUUAGUGGAGGCUGUUUUCUUUGGGACUGAGGUUACACUGCCUUGCUACUCAAAUUGUGAUCCACAGGCCAGCAGCAUUGGCAUCACUUGGGUAGGAAGGCCCAGCCUUGAGCCCCAUUCAAGACCUUCUGAUUUAGAAUUUCUGCAUAGGGGGCCCAGAAGUCUGCAUUCCAACAAGAUCCUGUAGUAACUCCCCUGCAUGUGAAAAUAUGAGAAGCUCAGGAAAGGAUCUUGUCUGGAAACUGAGGCCGAGGAAAUUGCUGGAUGUCGCAGAUAAAGCUGAGCUGGAUAAAGUGGAGCUUUACUUAGUUGGAGGAUUUUAUUACCCCACUAAUGAUUGUCACUUGUCAGGGAUCCUUGCAAAAAAUCCUGACUUGAGCAAAAGGACUCUGCACUUCCCUGGAAGGAGAGAGAAGAUGAACAUGUUCAUGGAGGCAGUGACCUUCAAGGACGUGGCUGUGGCCUUCACAGAGGACGAGCUGGGGUUACUGGACUCAGCCCAGAGAAAGCUGUACCAGGAUGUGAUGGUGGAGAACUUCCGGAACCUGGUCUCAGUAGAGAUACAAAACAUAUAGAAAGAGAAGAGAGGCUUUGGAUGAUGAAUUCAGCGACCCAGAUAGAAAUUUAG